AUGCCAUCUUUUACAUCAACAACACCAAACAACAUCAACAACCACAACAACCUGGGCGACAACAACAACAACAACAACAACAACAACAACAACAACAACAACAACAACAACAACACCGAGGAUAAUAAUGAUGUACUCAAGGGAGCUCACACCCCUACGAGCACAUCCUCGGCUUUUUUUACAUUUGACGCCACUUUAAAUGAACUAUAUCCAAAUCUACCUUCCAAUUAUAAAUUAAUCAGCAUUCUUGGUGAAGGUGCAUUUUCCACCGUUUACAAAGCACUCGACACAAGACAAAACAAACCAGUUGCCAUCAAAAUCAUUAGUAAAGCUCAUCUCACUUCCAAACAGUUUCUCAAUAUCAAAAAUGAAAUUAGAAUUAUGAAACGUACGCACCACCCCAAUAUAUUACAAUUGUAUGAAUCGUUUGACACUCCUGAUCAUUGUUUCCUCAUAUUGGAAUAUUGCAAUGGUGGUGAAAUAUUCAACAAAAUUAUAGAGUAUACUUACUUCUCGGAGCAUUUGUCACGCCAUGUUUUUAAACAAUUGUUAUCAGCUAUUGACAACCUUCACAAGCUCAAUAUUGUUCAUCGUGAUAUCAAGCCAGAAAACUUGUUGUUUAAAAAGAUUCCAUUUUUCCCUAGAUCAGUUGAAGAGUGUGAAAAACAUGCUCGUGCAUCAGAUGACGAUUGUAAAGUGGAUGAAGGGGAGUUCAAAUUGAAUGUAGGUGGAGGAACAAUUGGGGUGAUCAAGUUGGCUGAUUUUGGGUUGGCUAAACAAUUGAUUGAUGAAGAUGAUAACUCCAAAGUUCCAAUGAAGACACCUUGUGGUACUGCUGGAUAUACUGCACCUGAAGUUAUCACAUGCAAUACAAAAAAUGAAGGACUUUACCUGAAACGGACAAGAAACCACUACUCAAAAGCUGUUGAUAUUUGGUCAUUAGGUUGUUUCUUGUAUACUAUAUUGUGUGGAUUCCCUCCAUUUUAUGACGAUGAUGCUAAUGAUGUAACGAUGAAGAUUCUUCGCGGUGAAUAUGUAUUUUUACAACCAUGGUGGGAUGAAAUUAGUGAUGAUGCAAAGGAUUUGAUUACAAAGAUGUUGGAAGUGAAUCCAGAAAAGAGGAUAACUAUUGAAGAAAUUUGGCAUCAUCCAUGGGUGACACAGGGACAAAAAAGGCCAAGGUUGACGAGUAAUGGAGAUUUGGUGGAAGUUAGUCAUUAUUUUGAACAAAAUUAUGAAGUUGAUCAUGUUGAAGAUAUUGGUAAUGAUGAAUUGACUAUUCCAAUGUCAAAUCAACCAAUCUUGUCACCCAGAGCUCAUGCAAUAAAAGUUGUGUUUGACAAUCCUGCUAUGCUUGGAAGUUUUACAAAUGUCUCAUCACAAUUUAUUGAAAAUAUCAAUGAGGAAGGAGAAGAGGACGAUGAUGAUGAUGAUGAUGACGACGACGACGACGACGACGACGACGACCGCGACGGAGAGGAUGAACCACUAAGCAAACACAAAGUGCUUCACAAGACUAAAGAUCAUGUCCCAACACCCAUGCCAAAAGAACUCAACUUUAAGAAUGUGUUCAAUGUCGACAAGUCACAACUCGAUGUAUCUGGUGACGAUGAUUCAGAUGGGGACGAUAACCUUUCUCCCGACGAAGUAUCAGAAUUGGAAGACGAUUUAGCCAGUUUACAACUAACACCAAAACUCAUUACUCGAUCAAGAAACAAUAGCAGUCUAGCUCAAGCUCAAGCUCAAACACAACAACAAUACACUGGCAAAAUCUUGGAUGAAGAAAUGGAUGAUUAUUCCAAUUCUGAUAACGAAAUAUCUGAAUGGACAAGAUCGUCAUCAAUCAUAUCCGGUAUUGAAUCUUUUAAAUUGACAUUGACUGAUUCCAAUUUGUUAGCUCGGAGGAAAAGUUCACGCAAGACAUCAACCACUGCUACAACUGCUACAACUGCUACAACUGUCACAACUGCACCAGCUACUGUUGGAUAA